AUGGACCCCCAGAAACAGCUUCAGUCCCUUUCGGACGAGUUUGACCAGCUGCAGACCGAACUCGAGGGUCUUGUCGAUGCCCGUCAGAAGCUUGAGUCGCAGCAGCAAGAGAAUCAGGGUGUUCAGGCUGAGUUCAAUCAGUUGGACGAGGACUCCAACAUUUACAAGCUCGUCGGACCCGUACUCUUGAAGCAAGAUAAGACCGAAGCUACCAUGGCAGUCAACGGCCGCCUGGAGUUCAUUGAGAAGGAAAUCAAACGAAUUGAAAAGGAGAUCGAAGACAAGCAGGAAUUAGGUGAGAAGAAGCGCGCCGAGGUCAUGGCAAUUCAAGCCCAAGCUCAGCAGCAAGCUGCCCCUGCCUCCGCGUGA